CAACACGUUGUCUCGAUGGAUUAGGCAGCCAGCCACCGUCAUAAUAGCCAACUAUGUCCCUCCCAUCGCAUGGCUGUAAUAAUAUCACCGGACCCAUCUUAGCUAAAUAGCAACCUCGAUUCAGUACCUCCUCCAAUCUUUCUCUCCGUCUUACUCUGCCUUAUCCCAUGCUGCCAUUAUCGAUCCUCAGUUCCCCUACACCGUCCGCUGCUAGUCGGCUUUCAGACGGCAGUCGACAUUCAGAUAGCCACAGCGUGGCAUUCUCAAGAAAUCGAAGUGUCCCAGAAUUCGAGAUCGAGCGACUUCCAAAACAAUCAAAUGGUGGAUCCAAGAGACCAGCAGUGCGCAGGAUGCAGUCGGAUUAUGGUGCUGAGAACAGUCUCCGUGUCAGCAUCUCGCGAAUGGUUGCAGCCAAAGCGCGUCCGUUCACUGCCUCGGGUCAUAUCCCACUCGAUCCAACCGCACUAGUCCUGUUCUUUCGUUCAAAGGGUGGCAUUACCCAUUCGCUCGAUUUCCCCAUCGAUGUCGAUUACGACACCCCACCGGCUCUAGACGUCCUGGUUGCAGCUUGCCGACCUCAUACGACAGCAGGCAUCAAUGUGUACCCGGAUCGUGCCAGUGACUCCCUCUUCUACCCUCCUAACCUCCCCCUCACUGCCACCCUCGAAAUCGCCAACCACCCCAUUCUAGAAGCCGUUCGCAAUGCUCUCUUUCCAAACUUGCCAGUUGGCCACUAUCUCGUCGCUGUCAGAGACAGGCUCGAGAUCGUCCUUCAUGGAUGUCGGAUGCCUGCUCAACCGCGGACACUUCGCAACGAUGGUCGAGUGGCCACCGUUUGCGUGACACUUCCUGUGCACUAUUGUGAUGGUGCACUGGUCGUUCGCGAUGCAGGUGGGAUCGAAGAAAAGUUCUUUGGUGUUGGCGGCAAGCCAGACGAAGUAGAGUGGACAGCAUUCCUAGCCGACUGCGAGUAUGAGGUCGAGACCGUGACCCAGGGAUGUCGCAUGAGCAUCUCGUUUGCCGUACACCUCAAGACCUACGGCCCAUCAGUGGAUCCCCUGAUAACUCCAAGCGAGCGGUUCCUUGACCUCCUGUCUCCAGUGCUCAGCUUGUCUCGUGGACGGAAGGUGGCGUUUUAUCUUACGCAAGACUAUAAUAUCAAUCCAGCCGAGUCGCUAGCCGAGUCAUUGGUUCCUCAUCUGAAAGGAGGCGAUUCGCUUCUGUACCACGCCUUGAAGGCGUACAAACUUACACCGGAGCUUCAUUGGGCUGCAGGCGGCUAUAUUUGGCCAAUAGAUCGUACGGUCGAAUGCGGGAAUGAUACAAACGACUCUCCGACGAGCGCCGCAGGAAUUAUGUCUUUCUCCUCUGUUUUGCCGUUCAACUCGCCAUCAAGACGAAGUGCGCCGAUGAGACCGAUGAGUUUUUACGGUGACCCAGAAGAAGACGAAGCAGAACUGACGAGGAUCCAAACCGAUAUCAUACGACAGAGGGUAGAAGAGAGCGGUGCUGUGCCGCUUUCGGAAGCCGAGAUAUUCGUCUUGUCGGAUUGGGCGCCUGGACCUUUGGCGAAAGAAAAGGUUUACUUGGCCUCGAAUGGGGAACUGGAGAAGCUGAUUGUGAAUGUUCUCUUGGUAACCUAUGUCCCUUGAUGACUAUCGUUGCUACGAUCGGACCAGUCGGGUGCGUUUGCUUUCGUUCCGUCGCCCUUCCGUUACUCCGCAUGUACCGCUUGCACGGUUUCACGACAUUAUAUGUAUAGUUUGACGACAGCUUGUUACAAUAUUAUUGUAAUCGAACACACACACCACCUUGUAAUAGGUAAUCGAUUGAGCCGAGUGGAAGAAGCCAACGGGA